AUGAAGAAAAUGACGAAGCCUUUUCGGACUGUUGUUCACCUGCCGGUGGAGGAGGCGCGUGGGGCCAUCGUCCGUAUGAUUCGGCGUCAUAAUGCGGUGGUCAUCGUGGGUGAAACGGGCUCUGGCAAGACCACUCAGAUACCACAGUACGUUUGGGACGAUUUGGUCUCGAGGGAGCCGCCCGAGCAGCAGGGAAUUGUGGGAUGCACACAACCGCGUCGUGUGGCGGCGGUCAGUAUUGCCCGCCAUGUGGCAAAACAGCGCGGGGGAAGCGUGGGCGCCGAGGUGGCGUACGCUGUACGCUUUGAUGACACCUGCAGCCGUCAAACUAGAAUCAAGUACAUGACGGAUGGUAUUCUCCUCCGUGAAAUUCAGACGGAUCCGGAUCUUUCACACUAUCGCUGUUUACUUCUUGACGAGGCCCACGAGCGAACACUUCACGGCGACGUUCUUUUUGGUCUUUUAAAGGACAUCGUUCGAAGGAGGAAAAAAACACUGACCAUUGUUGUCAUGUCAGCCACAUUAAACGCAGAGCACUUCUCUAAAUUUUGGUGGAAUGCUCCCAUCGGUGUAGUCCAUGGUCG